GAGAUCGUAAGAUGCUAAUGUGAUGCUCGCGGCUGUUUCCGAGUCGGGCCUUUGGCCUGACUCCUACUGCAGUUCAAACCCGCAGACGGUUGUCCGGGCCGAUAGACCAGUAAUUGCUUUCUCCAUACGUAUUAUAAGCCUUUGACGCUCCCAUUUGAUAGCAAGAGGUCCUCACGCAGCCAUUCGCCCUUCAGAAAGUCGUUUGAAGAACUUAUCGAACCAUCGCAAUGUCUCCGCCCACAGUCUCCCCCCCAAAGAAGAGGAUAUACCUCAACUUCUUCGAAAAUGCGUGCACUGGGUCCCAUAUGUCGCCAGGCCAAUGGCGCUCACCAUACGACCGGACUUCCGGCAAAGACCGACUGCCAUACUGGCUGAAUCUUGCUCGCCUCGCUGAGGAAGGAAAAAUUAGCUUCAUCUUCUUUGCGGAUUCCUAUUCUCUUUUUGAUGUCUACUCGAGAAGCACUGCCCCGAUUCUCCGUGCAGGUGCACAUUCCGCUGGAUUGGACCCGAUGGUUCUCAUUCCGGCGAUGGCAUCCGUCACCAAGUCCGUUGGUUUCGGCGUCACCGGCAGCACCAGCUACCUGACACCGUACAUUCUGGCACGGACUUUCAGCUCCUUGGAUCAUCUCACAAAUGGACGAGUUGCAUGGAAUGUUGUCACGAGCUGGAGCAAGGCCGCAGCGACAGCGUUGGGUGCAGAUGAUGUUGUGCCGCAUGAUGAACGGUAUGCAGUGGCUCAUGAAUACAUGGACCUGGUCUAUAAGUUCUGGGAGAGCUCUUGGGCGGAUGAUGCGGUUGUCUGGGACGCGGAGAACAGAGUUGCUUUUGAGCCCUCGAAGGUGAAGAAAAUUGAGCAUAAGGGCAAAUAUCUGAAAGCUUCGGCCGCCUCCCAAACUCACCCUUCUCCUCAACGCACUCCGGUUCUCUUCCAAGCCGGAACAUCCAAGAUGGGUCGUGCAUUUGGCGCUAAGCAUGCUGAAGCCAUCUAUGUUGGAGGCUUGGUCCCCUCACAGACUGCCGGAUCAAUUGCUCAGAUCCGUGCCGACGCAGCUGCCGAAGGGCGCGAUCCCCAAUCUCUCAAGUUCUUUGUCGGUAUCACCCCAAUUAUUGGACGAACACUGGAAGAGGCGCAAGCGAAGUAUGAACAGGCAAGACAGGACGCAGACGUCGUUGGCGGUCUUGCACAGUUUUCUGGCUAUACCGGAAUUGAUCUGGCCCGCUUCCCGCUCGACGAAGUCUUUGAGUUAAAAGAUGCUCCUGGAGAUGACGCCACCCAUACGUUCUUGGAGAACUUCAACAAAGCAACCGGUAACACGGAACCUUGGACUCCUCGAAGACUAGGCGAGACCAUGGCUCUUGGUGGCUUCCAUCCGGCCCCUGUUGGCACUCCAGAGAUGGUGGCCGAUGUAUUUGAGCAGUGGAUCAACGAAGCAGAUGUUGAUGGCUUUAACAUUGCUUAUGUGACCAGCCCUGGCACAUUCGAGGACGUUGUCUACCUUCUGCGACCCGAGUUAGUAAAGAGAGGUCUCAUGUGGGAAGACUAUGACGUGGAAGGAGGUACAUUGCGGGAGAACCUGUAUGGAGUCAAGGGUCAGACUCGUCUGAGGGAUGAUCACUACGGGCACAAGUUCAAGUGGGGGAGUGGGUUUGAAGGGGACACAAUCGAAGCCUUCAAAGCGGAGCAAGCGGUAAAAGAGAGUGUGAACGGAACCAACGGUGAAAGCAAAACGAACGACAUUGAAGUUCCUCUGACACAAGGCAGCGUCGUGGUUGGGAAGGAACCCGUAGUAGUUAAGACCUAGUGGAAUUGAAGGAACUAUUUUCAAGAAAACCCUCUGGCAUCAGUGCCAUUUGAGCUGUAUUAAUUCUUUCUGUAGGAUCAUGUAGUCAAUAUCACCACUUGCACUCC